UUAGAAUUAAAACCCUUUGCGCCAUCAUUUCAGAUCUUUGCAAAUUUUUAUUUGCCCUACCAAGUUGGUUGAUUUUUCUCCAAAAAAUCAAUCAUAAUGGAUUCAAACAAGUUGUUUCUCUCCUUAGUUCUUUUAUCAUCUUCAUGGGUUUUUAUGGGAUCCGCUCAAGAUCCACUUGCAGGGCUUAUAAAUACAUUGACGGAUGCUGCUGAUGGAAAUGGUGGUGCUGGUCUCGCUGCUACUCUUCCUCUUGGUAAUGCGGCCGCAUCAAUGGCGUGCGCGCAAAAACUUAUGCCGUGUCAGGAUUUUAUAAAACCACCAUCGCAACCAACAGAUGCAUGUUGUUCACCCUUGAAGCAAAUGAUUCAUGAUGAUCCGAAAUGUUUGUGUAAUAUUUUCAACAAUCAAGAAAUUUUGAAAACUUUUGGUGUUACUCAACAUGAGGCUUUGAAACUUCUUAUUGAAUGUGGUACCAAGGCUGAUAUCCGUCAGUGCAACGAAACAGCUUCUGCUCCAGCAGCUUCAGAAAAUCCCGCAGCACCUAAAACUCCCGCAACUCCAACUGUUCCCUCCUCAAGUGGUGAAAUAUCUACAUUAUUAUCGGCUUUAAACAACACCGUGAACCACACCAAUGGGACGGCUGCCCCAGCACCUCCGGCUACCACGAAUUCAGCUUAUAGUGAGAAGAUCUCUCUUCUUGGUGGAUUUGGUUUCAUUGCUUUGUUUACAUCUUUGUUCAUCUCAGCUUAAUUUAUAGAUUCCUCCCUUUAACUAAAAGAAAAAUUUGUCCGCAGAAAUUUGGUUGUUAAUGAAAACUUGAUUCUAACUUUUACUACAAAUUUCUUUCAAAAGAGUUUAUCCAAAUUUUGUAUUGUAAUUUUGUUUGCGGGGUAUCAGCGUCUGUCUCAGCAGAGUCAUGAGCUAUGUGGUUCAGGCAUAAUCUGAUUGAUAUGUUAAAAAACUUGAAAAUGGACACAGCUACGGUAGAAUGAAUGGUAUUCAUGUUUGAAGUCUA